UACAAGAUGAGCACGACAUUGCGUUAUCAGGUCAUUCGCAUCUACAAGGAACUCCUCUAUCUGGGCCGCGAAUACCCACUAGGAUACGACUACUUUCGUCCUCGCUUGCACAAAGCCUUUUCUAGCAAGGCAAAUCUCACAAACGAGACCGAAAUCAANAAAGGAAUCGAAAGUGCAGAAUACGUAAAGAAGGAGAUUGAAGCAUUAUAUUACCUCAAACGCUACAGAGCCCUCAGACAACGAUACUCAAUACCGCAAUGA